UGGCUUUUACAUCGGUCGUGAUUCUCGAAACAAGCGGUCGUGCUCAUGGUGACGCAAAUUGACUAAAAUACCAUUUUCAUGUUUCAAAAAAUUUACAAUGAUCGUUUUAAAAUUAUAAAGUAAGAUAUUAGUGAUUAUUCAAUUGAAAUGGAGCAGAAAAAUAUAAAUACUUUAAGUGAAAAUAUUGACAAAAGUGAUGAAAAUUCAGCUGAUUUGGACCAAGCCCUCGCAGUUGUAGGCAUGGGAUGGUACAACAUUAAAUACUCGCUAGUACUCGCUUUGUUCCUGAUAGCGUCGAUUGUGGAACCUAUGGGAUACUCUUUCGUCCUGCCGGCAGCUAAAUGUGACUUGGACAUGACGGACGCUCAAAGGGGGAUCAUCUCUUCAGUGCCAUACUUAGGGAUCGUAGUGACGUCAUUCCCGUGGGGCUACCUGGUUGAUACGCGAGGCCGAAAAAGGAUGAUAAUCUUCAGUUCCCUAGCGGCCGGCUUGUUCGGAGUAGUGUCGGCUUUCAUGCCGGAACUCGUCAGUUUUACAAUCUUCAAAACUAUUACAGCCCUAUGCAUAGCGUGUCCAGCAGCCGUUCCAUACACGUUCAUUGGGGAGAUGCUGCCUCUACGUCACAGGGACAUCACAUUGUCAAUCACCAACGCCAUGCAGAUAUUUGGAUCCACUCUUGUACCUGUGCUUGGUUUUGGCAUACUGCCCCUUAACUUCAGAUCGAACUUUGGAGCAUAUGAUUUUAGACCGUGGCGUCUGCUUUGCAUACUGUAUUCCUGCACAUUCUUCAUCGCUGCAUUCCUCAUGAGUUUUGGACCGGAGAGCCCGAAGUAUCUCUUAUCGCAAGGCAAAUAUGAUGAGGCAUUAAAAGUAUUGCAGAAUAUGUAUGCGGGAAAUAAAGGCAAAUCACCAGAAGACUUUCCGAUAAAAAAACUGAAAGUGCCGCCCGCUAGUACCGAAGAAAAACUUAGUUUCUUGCAAUCACUAAAAAUCCAAUCGGUCCCGCUAUUACGGCGUCCCUACUUGAAGUGGAUGGCUUUAAACGGAUUCCUUUUAUUCGGCGUAUUUAGUAUAUUAAAUGGCCUAUACAUGUGGGUCCCUGACGUAUUGAAUCGAGUGCUGACUGGCGACAGCGAGGGAUUGACUGCCUGCGGAGUCAUAGCCCAAGGACUGAAUCAGACAAUUGAAGAAACAAAAUGUGACGACAGCAUAGACACAAUGACUUUUGUCAUCAACUCGAUCGCUACAGUUAGCUGUGCCUUCAUAGCCUUAGCCGUCAGUAUAACGGUCAAAUUCAUCGGUAAAAAGGUUCUUCUAAUCCUGGUCUUCUUGGUCAUUGGCAUUUUCUGUGUCCUCAUCAACCACGUGACUCAAGACAUGGUAUUCGCUGUUCUGCUGUCAUCGAUUCCGUUAACCGCCUUGGCUAUUGGGCCGGUCAACGCUUCGUCGGUGGGAAUUUUCCCAACGCAUCUUAGAGGCAUGGCUGUCAGUCUGACGAUGAUGGUGGGUCGAUGUGGUUCCAUCGUGGGCACUAAUGUGGCAGGAGUCAUGAUAAAUGCUGCGUGUGAAGCCACCUUCUAUAUGUUUGGUGGAUUACUGUUGGUAUGCAGCGUCGCAUCACUUCUUGUACCGAAAGCAAAAACAGAACCACCCACUAUAAACGAGAAAGUUACAAGAUUAUAAAAAAAAAAAGAUUGUAUAAAAUAAGUCAAAAAGUUGUAAAAGUUUCGAACAAGUAGAGAUAGUUAUUUUUUUAUGUUGAAAAUAUUGUUACCUGAAUGUACAAUUAAGUCUGUGAUUUUUAGUUAAUUCAAAAUAUUUUAUGUCUACUAUAUUAGUAUUAAAAGGAAAAAUUCUGCUUUCAAAACUCAUUUAAUUAUUUGUAAGUCUUAAUAAAAUGGUAAAACCAAA